AUGGCCGAAUCCGUUGGUAAGCAAGUGCUCUCUGCAGUGACGGAGGGGCAUCAUCAUCUACAGCAACAGCAACCAACAAAGCAACAACCGAAAGAUCAGCAGCGAAAGGACGUUGCCGCCGCUAGCGGUAGCCAUAAUAGUGAAAACCGUCGUUCUAGAGCAGGUAAAUCGUUUAAGGCGGAAGUGGCACAAUCUGCUGCCAAGCCAGAGCGUUCCGAUUCGGCCGAUAAAUCAAGCCAGCCUCGUAGUAGCGUAAAACGAAAACACAGCUUACCGCUGAACAGUGUUGCUGAUCUGCCACACGCCAACUUGUCGGCGGAACAUCCCUCCGUGAAACGGCAGUCAUUGAACAGUAAAGCAACAGCCGGUCAGCAGUCAGGGGUUGCUGCUGUUCCGGUAGCCUAUCGUACACGGUCUCGCACCACUUCCAAAGAGCUUGUGUUUACCGGUGCUAGCAGUAGCAUUGCGGCAGGUUCCAGUAGCACAGUUGAGUACGGAUUUGAUCUCAAAAAUCAGCAACAUCAGCAGCAGCAUCAAGUAUCCGCCACACCUUCUAAGAUAGUAGACGUUCGAAAUAAUCGUAACAAAUCAUCAUCUACCAAAGUAGGCGGAUCAUCCUCAAAAGCAGGAGGUACCGGUUCCGGUCCUCAUGAUAGUACAAAGGUUGCAAGCAAUAACGCAAUAUCGGAGCGAAAUACGACACCUGAUCACAGCAGUUCGCUAUCGUUAGUCCCUUCCUCUUCGUGGACGGUCGAAAACAACCCAACACCAGUAACCAGCGUGCCCGCAGAAACUCCACAACCAAAGGCGAAGCGAGGAUCUCUUACUGGUAAUCGUAUAAACGGUGAAGACAAAGGCGUUUGCACUACCUUACCGCUUGUCGCUUCGUCUCGUGCAAUAAGCAAGAGCAAGGGGAGAAAAUCCGGCAGUUGCUCUUCGUCAUCUUCAACGAAGCUUUUACGUAAAAUUGCCGAUCGGAAAAAUUUACUCACAGAAGAGACUAAAACCGCGUCUAAGGCAGCUAUCAAAUCGGGCCUACGGCGUUCUAAAGGCGAUCGUAAGUGGCACCAAGAAACGACAUCUGUCGCUACACGGCCCUCGUCCUCAAACGCUCCUACGGUAGAGGCAUCGGCGGUCGAAGGACUAACAAUUCGAAAUUUGCGUUCUCAUCAGCAUAAUCAACAGCAGCAGCAACAGCAUAUAACGCUAACUGCGACCGUAAACGAACUAGGCAUCGUCACCGGUGCGCAGGUAUCUUCAAACGCAGUUCCGACUGCGCCAUCUCCGUCGUAUUCUGCUUCUACUUGUUCGUCAGGCGGUGCGCAAGUGCCCAAAAAGCGCCAGAAAGUGGGGGGGGAUCAUAAUAAUCAGCAUAACUACCACCAGCAGCAAUACCAGCAGCAGCACCCGAAUCUGGGGGCAAGACUAGCGGCACGUAGUAGCGGAAGUAGAGAACAACAUCACAAUCAUCAUUUAUCGAACACAGUCAGCCUACAGCAUUACCAGCAACAGCAUCAGCAGCAGCAUCCGCAUUUGGUAGUUCAUCAUCAUCAGGGUCAGCAGCCGUUGCCACAACACUACACGCUACAUUCCCAGCAGAUAUCACAUUUUUCCGCACAGCAACAGCAGCACUUUCAACACUACCCACCGCAGCACCUGCCAGCGCAAUAUCAGCAGGUGCUUCAUCACCAGCAGUUUACUGUAGGCGAAACGAGUGGGUUGCAUCUGCCACACCAGUACGAAGCAGGUGCACCGAGUGGUGCAGCAGUACAGCAAGGUCGUAGCAGUGGAAGUGUUGGAGGUUUACUAAGACGCAGUUCUCGGGGCAAGAGUUCCCAUUCAUCCGCAACCACGGGGUCUUGCGUUAGCUCAAAUCCAACCAACAAUCCCUACCACCAACCACAAUCGCAAUCCGCGUCAUCAUCAUCACGGUCCGGUAGCCAUCAUCAUCAUCAUCACCGAGGUGGUGGUGGUGGCGGGGUAGCAACCGGUGCCGUACAUUUGAGCAACGCGGCCACGGUGAUCGCAGGCACUUCCUCGUCGAAGGGCAGCUCAUCGAAGGGGGCGAUCCUUUUGGCGACCAGUUUCGACGGAACAGGCGCAGUAGGGGGAGUCGGUGGUGGUAGUGGAAGUGGUCCCUCUACCUCGAAUGCGAUGGCCAACGAUGGUUCUCGUCAUAACAACAAUAAUAACAACAACAGUGGCAACGAUGGAGCAAACUCACAACAGCAGCAGCAGUCACAUCCGUUCAUAAAGCUAACAAAGGCCGCACUGGGUGGAGGAGGGUCAUCAUCGGCCUCCUCUUCUGGAGGAGUGCCACCGCAUCAGUCCACAUCUUCGUCGACCGUACCGGACGUGAACAUGUUACAUUCAGCCGGAGCAACGGGAGCCGGUACGACCGCAUCGACGUCUUCCGGGUCGGGUGCUGCAGGUGGUUCAGGUGUUCCACCCCAUCCAGAUUCGGAAAGUGAUGAUAGCGAAGUGGGUCGGCUGCAAGCCUUGCUGGAAGCACGUGGCCUACCGCCGCAUCUGUUUGGAGCGCUUGGGCCACGAAUGCAUCAUCUGCUGCAUCGGACAAUGGGAACAAACAGCAGUUCGUCGAAGGCGCAGCAGCUGCUCCAAGGAUUGCAGUGUCCAGACGAAAGCCAGCAACUGCAAGCUGCCAUCGAGAUGUGCCAAAUGUUGGUAAUGGGCAAUGAGGACACAUUGGCCGGAUUUCCCAUCAAACAGGUUGUGCCGGCGCUUAUAACGCUGCUGCGUAUGGAACACAACUUCGACAUAAUGAACAAUGCGUGUCGCGCUCUUGCAUAUAUGCUGGAGGCUUUACCACGCUCGUCCGGAACGGUGGUCGAUGCAAUUCCUGCCUUUCUCGAAAAACUGCAAGUUAUCCAGUGCAUGGAUGUGGCGGAACAAAGUCUUACCGCACUCGAGAUUCUUUCCCGGCGACACAACAAGAGUAUCUUGCAGGCGAACGGUGUCUCAUCGUGUCUCACCUUUCUGGACUUUUUCUCCAUCAAUGCGCAACGCGCUGCUCUGGCCAUCACGGCUAACUGCUGUUUAAGUUUACACACGGAGGAGUUUCACUUUGUAAAAGAUUCGCUGGCACUACUUGCCCGACUGCUCGCACAACAAGACAAGAAGAGUGUAGAAAGCAUCUGUACGGCGUUUUAUCGAUUGGUGGACAGUUUCCAGCACGAUCAAGCGGUACUGCAGGAGAUAGCCAGCAUGGAAUUGCUAAAGAAUUGCCAGCAGCUGCUAGUAGUAACACCAUCCGUACUGAACAGUGGCACUUUUACAAAUGUGGUGCGAAUGCUAAGUGUAAUGUGUGCCAACUGUCCGGAUUUGGCCAUUACACUCUUGAAAAACGAUAUCGCUUCGACGCUACUGUAUUUGCUGACAGGAUCGGCGGAAUCUGUUACAUCCGACGUGGAAUUAGUUCCUCGUAGUCCGUCAGAGCUGUAUGAAAUCACAUGUUUGAUCGGGGAACUGAUGCCACGUUUACCAACGGAUGGAAUUUUCGCGGUGGAUGCCCUGCUCGAGCGGCCCCAACCGACUGUGCAGGAUGCGGUCCAAUGGCAAUGGCGUGAUGAUCGUGGUGUCUGGCGACCGUAUUCGUCCAUCGAUUCACGUAUGAUUGAAGCAGCCCACCUGAAUUCGGACGAUGAAAUCAGCCUUAGCACGCUAGGACGCACGUACACAAUCGAUUUCCACUCCAUGCAGCAAAUUAACGAGGACACUGGAACGACACGGUCAGUGCAACGGAAGAUAAAUCAUCAGCUGCUUGCUCAGCAGGGCGCGGCAGCUGCUGCCGCCGCAGAAGCAGCAGCAGCAGUAUCUGCGGCAGUCAUUGUGAGUCCACCAACAGCAGGCGGAAGUAUCGUCAAGACAGUAUCUGCAGAAUGUAGCGCUAUAGUAGGAAGUGUGGAGAAUGCAGCUACAUCCACGGCCGUCGCUGUUAUUGGAACAGGAUCAUUAAAUCUCGCCACAAGGCCUCCGAAUGCACAGCGUGAUGCAAGAAUUGCUUGCUUAAAGGAAGAGCGUGGUUUAGCUGCUGAGUUUAUUCGCAACCUGUUUUCUGUGCUGUACGAAGUGUACAGUUCUUCUGCCGGUCCCUCGGUACGGUACAAGUGUCUCCGUGCUCUGUUGCGUAUGGUAUACUUUGCUAACGGAGAUUUGUUGCGGGAUGUUCUGAAAAAUCAGCUUGUUUCAUCACACAUCGCCGGCAUGAUGGCAUCGAACGAUAUGCGCAUUGUAGUCGGUGCGAUGCAGAUGGCGGACAUUCUGAUGCACAAACUACCGGAAGUGUUUGGAAUGCACUUCCGCCGUGAAGGCGUGAUGCAUCAGUUCAAACAACUAACUGACCCGUCGAUACCGAUCUGUGCCGCGCCGUCUCCAAAAUCCACCGGAGGAACACAGAGCGCGCCUGCAUCUGCUACAAUUCAUCCGACGGGCGGUAGUGGACCGACGUUUGAUUUUGACAGCAGUGCCAUUGCGUCCAGCUCGAAGGCUGGAGGAGGUCAGGUUGCAAUAGCAAUCGGUGGUAAUGCGGGUGGAUCGCACGUGAAGAAUCUUUCGUCUGCGAUGAUGAUGGCCAGCACUAAGAUGAGUUCCCAUCACCAUCACCAACAUGUUCCGCAUCAUCAUCAUCAACAGCAGCAGUCUUCGUCGACAGCAACCGGGACGAUGGCAAUGACCAGCAGUAGUAACAAUUACACUACAGCAUCUGCUUCUGCAGCUGCCAUAAACCUAAACAAACCUUCGUCGAUGCGACAACAAGCAGCGGUACACCACCAUCACCAUCAUCACUUGAUGAACCUGAUGCCGCACUCCGUCAGUGGACAUGUUUCUGCACCUGGUCAGCAUAUGCCGGUUGCGAAUUUGCAUCACCAUCUGGAUCCAGGCACGAGUGGUGCUACGGUUCAACCCAUAGUUCAGCCUACCCCUGGGACCUCGAUCGUAACCGCCACAGUCACAACGACGGGCAAUGGGAACAUUCUGCUGAAUGCUAUCUACAACUCAGCUGCUGCCGCUGCUAUGAACCCGAUGAAUCACCAUCAGUCCCAUCCUCAAGGUCAUGCACUCCCGCAUGCUAUCCCUCAUCAUCAAAGCCAUCAUCCGCAGCAACCGACCGGUGCAUCGGUGACGCAUAUGUAUCAAUCAACACAACACUUCUCCGACGCUUUCAGUGGUUACAAUGUUGCCGUAUCGGAUCAGACCAACGUUGCUCUUUUAACGGGAACCACCGUUGUAGGAGCUCCCAAUGCAGGAACGGCCGUGGUCAGCAGCAGCGGUCCUGGGAUGCACGGAGUAGGCGUAGCGCAGGGAAUGGUGAUUUCCCCGAACAACAGCUCCGCAGCUACAAAUACGGGCCAUCACGCUUCUCAUGAGGGCAGCAGUAGCAGCAACAGUAACAAUCCGGGUCAGUUAAAAAUGUCCGACAUUCUCAAGCGAAAGGUUCCACCAAAGCGGAAAUCGCAGGGUAGUUCUAAAUCUAAAUCACGUCACGACGACGCCCACGCAUCAGGUGGAGCAAGUUCUUCUGCCGGUCAUGGUGUCGCCUCCAUGGCUAGUGGAAGCGGUGUAGCUAGCAAUAGUGGAUCAUCCGGUGGUGUGUCAUCCGUGAUGCAGGAAUUCAUCAACAAAGCAACCACAAUGGGAGCAAGUUCCUCGUCCUCUGGACGCCACACGCCUGCGUCCGGUUCGGGAUCUUCGCGCUCUCGGUUUACAGGUGCAUCAUCGAAAACGACUUCGUUCCUUGCGUCACUGAAUCCAGCCCGCUGGGGUCGGCAAUCGUCAUCCUCAUCGACGGCGUCUACAUCCCAUAAUGCUUCUUCGUCGGGAUCGGGCUAUGGCAAGGAUGGAAGCAGUGGAAGCUCGCUAAACAAGAGCCAUUCGAAUUCAAAUCUGAUUGCGGCCGGCAAUCGUGAAAAGGCUCGCCAAUGGAUUCGCGAUCAGGCAGUAUUGUUUGUAAAUCGCCAUUCCGCGGAUACGACAAGCGGCGGCGGUACAGCGGAUGGCGCAGGUGGAAUUAGUGGUGGUGGGGCCCUCGAGCAACAUCCGGCCUGCACGAUCUUGAUCCGGCUUACUGAUGCCAUACGCAAGCUGGAUGGUCGUAGGGACGAAUGCUUGAAUGCGCUGCAGGAACUGCGUGACAUUUUGAUGGAAAGCGACAUAUCACCGUUCGAGGUGAAUCAUUCUGGUUUGAUUCGUGCGAUGUUGAACUACAUGGCAAACGAUGAAAAUCCGCUAGUUGAACGAGCGACACGUUUACGAAUGUUUUUGCACGUGUUUGCCGGAUUGCCGUUGGAUGCAAGCUAUUCCCACGUGGGUGCAGGUACGCCAGCAGGUAUGGACGGAGCAGCUUUCAGUGCGCUUGUGGCAAAGUUGAACGGUUGCGUUACGCAGCUCGAACAGUUUCCGGUGAAGGUGCACGAUUUUCCUGCUGGCGUCGGCGGACGAUCUAACACAAGUGCUCUUAAAUUCUUCAACACACAUCAACUGAAGUGCAAUCUUCAACGCCAUCCAGAAUGUACAAAUUUGCGCCAAUGGAAGGGUGGUACAGUGAAAAUUGAUCCACUGGCGUUGGUGCAGGCCAUCGAAAGAUAUUUAGUAGUGCGGGGGUACGGUGGUAUCCGCGUGGACAGUGAAGAGGACUCGGAAGAGGACAUUGAUAAUAUUGAUGCUGCUGCCAUGAUAUCAAUGGGGGGAUUGAAACACAAGCUACAGUUUUUGAUUGGCGAACAUGUGCUCCCGUACAACAUGACCGUGUACCAGGCCAUUCGUCAGUAUUCACCACUGGUAAACGAUCAGUCUGAAACGGACACCGAUACCGAAACACCCAUAGGAAGUGCCAGUAUUUGGGUGCAGCAGCACACUAUCUACUACCGUCCCGUAGAGGAAGAAUCGAGUGGUUCGACCAAGGGUGCAUCGGGAUCAUCGCGAAAGAAUAGCAAAAAUUCAUCGCAAUCGAAGCUUAUGCGCCGAAAACCAGAAUUCUGGAUCGACGGACAAGUGCCGGCCGUAGUGUCUCCGCUUGGUCCGUUUCUUGCUUCCAAGCUGCCGGAUGUAGUAACGGUACAGGAUGCUUCUCUCGAUGCGCUCUGCAUGUUGCGUAUAAUAAACGCACUCAAUCGACACUGGGCGACUCUUUACUUUUCGGUGCCGCACAUACCGAUUAUUCCUCAGGCUGAUUUCAUUCAUUCGAAGAUUGCAGCAAAAGCGAGUCGUCAGCUGCAGGAUCCACUAGUUAUCAUGACUGGCAAUUUACCUCAUUGGUUACAGCAGAUUGCGGUGGCAUGUCCGUUCCUUUUCCCCUUUGAAACGCGUCACCUGCUUUUCUACGCCGUUUCAUUCGAUCGUGACAGGGCGCUGCAGCGUCUGCUCGAUACGACUCCUGAUCUCAACUCGGCCGAUACGAGCGAACGCGUAACUCCGCGUCUCGACCGUCGAAAACGGGCCAUUUCCCGGGAAGACAUACUGAAGCAAGCAGAAUCGAUCAUUCAGGACUUUGGUCACUCGAAGGCUCUGCUGGAAAUUCAGUAUGAGAACGAGGUCGGUACCGGACUGGGGCCAACGCUCGAGUUCUACGCGCUGGUCUCGACGGAACUGCAACGCUGUGAUUUAGGCUUAUGGAAUGAUAGUGAUAGCUAUAAAAACAAUAACCAACAAUCGACCUCGAUUGCGGAUAACAUUGUCAAGUCAUCGAUUGGUGGUGGGGCCCUCGAGGACGCCAGCUUAGAUACGACCACAACAGCAACAACGAUGACGCUCGUCAGUAUGACGACUACGCGUUCGUCGCUUGGCUCGAAUCGUGGCAGCGACGAGGCCGCCAACAACAGUGUCAGCGGUGUGAGCGACGAUAACAGCAGCUUCAUCAUUAGCAACGACAAUUCCUUAAACAUGCUCAUUGAGCAAUCGGAUCAUCUACUGCAACUGAAUCCGCAGCAGGCUGAACUGGAGAACAACUCAACACCACCGCCGGCUCUGCCACCUUCAUCGUUUGCUGAUGUAGAAGGUUUGAUGAUAACGCCAUUGUUGGGCGGAGGUUUGGGAGGUGCCACGGACGGUACCGGUAGUCUGGCUGCUACGGGUGGUGGUGCCAUCUCGUACGUAAAUGCUCCCAGAGGACUGUUCCCGAUUCCGCUCAGCAAGACAGCGAAAACAUCGCAGAUUUCGCGCUUGAAGCAUAAGUUCAAGUUUUUGGGCAAAUUUAUGGCUAAAGCGGUCAUGGACAGUCGAAUGCUUGAUUUGCCGUUUUCUAUUCCGUUCUACCGUUGGAUGCUGAGCGAGGAAAGUUCUAUCGGUUUGUCUGAUUUGGGACAGAUUGCACCAGAAGUGCAGAGCACGUUACUCCGUCUGAACGAAAUCGUGAAGCAGCGAGACCAGAUCCAGACAGAUCCGAACUGCAAUGCCAUGGAAAAGACUGAAAAGAUUGAAGCACUUGAUUUGGACGGAUGUCCAAUUUCGGAUUUGGGCCUAGAUUUUGUUCUGCCAGGUCAUCCAAACAUUGAACUGCGACGUGGUGGACGUGAUAUGGCGGUGACGAUCAACAAUCUACACCAGUACAUAUCCCUCGUGACGCACUGGUUCUUGGCCGAAGGAGUAUCCCGUCAAUUUGAAGCACUUCGCGAAGGAUUUGACUCGGUAUUCCCGAUGAGCCGUUUACAAAUGUUCUACCCGGAGGAACUGGAAAACGUUUUCUGUGGAUCUGGUAUCGGUGGAACAGCUCAGCAACGGUGGGAUGUUCGAAUGCUUGCUGAAAGCUGUCGGACGGAUCAUGGUUUUAGCCAAGACUCGCCGGCAAUUCAAUUUUUCUACGAAAUUCUCGCAACGUACAAUCGGGACGAGCAGCGUCUGUUUUUGCAGUUUGUCACCGGCAGUCCGCGACUACCGACCGGUGGCUUCAAGUCCCUCACUCCACCGCUGACCAUUGUGCGCAAGAAGAUGGACGGCAAUCAAAAUCCGGACGAGUAUCUGCCAUCGGUGAUGACGUGCGUCAACUAUCUAAAGCUGCCGGACUACUCGAACCGCGAGGUGAUGCGUCAAAAGCUAAAGAUAGCCGCCAGCGAAGGAAGCAUGAGCUUCCAUUUGUCGUAA